GGCGUCUUUGUCACUUCAAGCAAACAUCUUGAAGACGCAGAGGGGUUAAUUCCGAUCCCCCACCACCACCACCCACACCUCGAAUUUGAAAGCCGCCUCUCUACCGGGAGAGGAAGGCUCUUUUUCGGUCAGAUGGCGCGCUGCAGUCCGCCCCCGUCAUUCUCCAGCCCACACAGACACAGAAAGAGAGGCAGCCAGCGACCAAUACGGUGCGCCGGAGGAGGAUUUCUGCCAGUGAUUUGAGACGAGCUCCGGUACGCUGACGGGGGAUUUACUACGCCGAUCUGAGCCGAUCUGAGCCGAUCCGGGACUCUUGCUGAAAGGUGAGAGGCGAGGGAAGGACAAUAAGAGUUUGACGCAGGGGUUCUUGCUGCUUGUUUUGUCUGCUCAAGAUCCAAGCGUUUGUAUAAAAGUACUACUACUAGUACUACUACAUUGGAGAAGCGCCGCCAUGUCUCUUCCUCGCACACUCGGGGAGCUGCAGCUCUAUCGGGUCUUGCAAAGGGCCAACCUGCUCGCCUAUUACGAAACCUUCAUCCAGCAGGGCGGCGACGACGUGCAGCAACUCUGCGAAGCAGCCGAAGACGAGUUUCUGGAGAUCAUGGCGCUCGUCGGAAUGGCUACCAAACCGUUGCACGUACGUAGACUCCAGAAGGCUCUCCGAGACUGGGCGGCGAAUCCGACUCUUUUCAGUCAGCCGGUAUCCACUGUGCCAUCCAUCGGGGGAAUCCCUUUGUUUAAAGUCGACAGCACCGGUCCAGCGGGGUCCGCAAGUGGACCCAGGAGGUCUGUGAGCAACGGGCAACCGGGGUCACCUUGCGAACGUGAGGAUCGGGUGUGUCUUACUCCCAUGCACAGCGGGAGCCCCCGAAGCCCGUGCUCUCAGGCGUCCCCCCAACCCCCGGAUACACAUUACCGGGAAAAACUGUCCCCCAUGGACCCGCACUGGCUUAGCCUAGAACCUGACGGUAACUGUACAUCAUCCGGAAUGGAAGAGGAACCCCCGAGUCCACCUCACCAACCCGUGCAUGCGCCCGUUGCUUCCACGUCACCAAGUUCCUCCUCUUCUUCUGCCCCCGCUGCUCUAUUAUCAGCUUGGCCUGGAGGACAACUGGAUGUGGAGACAUCUCAGUCUGUGGCUGAAAGCGUGGAAAGACUCCUCAGGACUCUGCCUCGCUCAGACCCGGCAGAGGUGAAGAGUCUGCUGAGGAUAAACAAGAAGAUCGCGAAGACGGUGGGACACAUUUUUAAAAUGGGUUCCCAGGACUUGAACAAGGAAGAGGAAAUCCGCAAGUACAGUCUCAUCUACGGACGCUUCGACUCCAAACGCAGAGAAGGCAAGCAACUCACACAGCACGAGCUCAUCAUCAAUGAAGCUGCGGCGCAGUUCUGUAUGCGAGACAACGCCCUUUUACUCAGACGGGUGGAACUCUUUUCUUUGGCUCGGCAGGUGGCGAGGAAAUGCGCCUACACGUCCACUCUGAAGCACGCCAGGCCGAACCUGGAGGAUAACAGUGUACUUCCCCAGAAGAGAGCAAGACUGGAGGUGCCCGAGAACACGUCGUCACUCCUGGGGGAGGACGGCGUUGAGGCCCUGCAUCAGAGGGCAGAUGACGACAGCUUGUCGGCAGAAAGCCCAGACAGCGUUUCUCAUGACAUGGCGUCACAAUGCAACCAGUCGUCGUCGCCGUGCCCCCCCGCCGACAACUCCAACCCGAGCGCCUGGAGUCGCCACCUCAUGCAACAAACGCUCAUGAACGAAGGGCUGCGAUUGGCUCGCAUGGUGUCACUUGACCGCGCCGACAAGGUCAAAUUAGGGUCAGAGGGGACUCACUCCACAGAGCACGACAUUAAAAUUCAGCGGCGGGGUUCGAUCACAGUGUGCCGGAGCAGCAGCCCAAACGUCACCAAAGACAAUUCCAACCACAGAGGGAAGUAAAGCGUACAAAGAAAGGAAUACUCCAAUCCAUACCAAUCAUCCACUGCAUCCGAUGAAGAUACAGAAACCUCCAUUCAUCGUGUGGCGGCACGGUCCAGAAUGUGGUUAACACAUCUGCCUCUCAGACAGCAGCCAGGUUGUGGGUUUGACUCUCAGCCCGUGCUUGUGUGGGUUUCCCUCCCACAGUCCAAAGCAUGCAUGUUAGAUGAAUUGGAGACUGUAAAUGGUCCAUAGGUGUGAAUGUGAGUGUGAAUGGUUGUUUGUAUGGAAGGGUUGUCACGAUACGCUCACCUCAGGAGACGAGAUGAUGCACGAUAUUGGCUUGACGAGAACGACAUGACGGGAUAUUUUAGCAUUACUUUGAAGAAAACCAUAAACAAUAAAAUA